GGCUGACUGAGCUUGACACGCGUGGUGGCCUGGGGCUCGGGGUCCAGGGUCCUAUCUGGCGGCCCGGGAUUACCGUGACGUCACACUGAGCCUCUGGCCACCUUGCGCUGGGAUACCUCAGGAGCCUCACAGCCCUGCCGUCGCGCUCCUCACCUCGCCACCGCGCGCCUUUGGGAACCCACAACCUUCUUCCUUCCCCUGCCCAUCCAUGGGCCAUUCUAUCUUCUGGACCCCCCGGGCCGACGGGGCGACUUCCGGAGCCCAGGGCUCGGCACCCGGACUGGCCUCGGCUCUACCUCCAGUCGGGUCAAGCGGGAGGAGGAACCGGCGCUGGUCACCCGCAGCCAAGUAAGGAACCGAAGCUCCGCACGACUAGAAUUGCCGAACCUCGGGUCUGAAACGCGAACUUGACAGGGAAGAAAAAGGCAGCCCAAGGACAGCCAACAUGUCCUUCCCGCACUUCGGACACCCGUACAGUGGCGCUUCCCAGUUUCUGGUUUCUGCAAGUUCCAGUGCCACUUGCUGUGAAUCCGCUCCGCACUCCAUGUCUGAUGUGACCUCAGGCUCCACACCGCCAGCCCCAACUCUCUGCUGUGCACCCUAUGACAAUCGGCUGCUGGGUACUGCACGGCCGGAACUGGGUGCUGCCUUGGGCAUCUACGGAACCCCUUAUGCUGCUGCUGCAGCUGCACAGUCCUACCCUGGCUACCUCCCCUAUGGUCCAGAGCCACCUGCACUGUAUGGGGCGCUGAAUCCACAGUAUGAAUUUAAGGAGGCUGCGGGGAGCUUCACACCUGGCCUGGCACAACCAGGAGCCUAUUAUCCUUAUGAGCAGACACUAGGGCAGUACCAGUAUGACCGCUAUGGCACCGUCGAAUUGAGUAGUACUGGACGCAGGAAGAACGCCACCCGGGAGACCACGAGCACGCUCAAGGCCUGGCUCAACGAGCACCGCAAGAAUCCCUACCCCACCAAGGGCGAGAAGAUCAUGCUGGCCAUCAUCACCAAGAUGACCCUCACCCAGGUGUCCACCUGGUUCGCCAACGCGCGCCGGCGCCUCAAGAAGGAGAACAAGAUGACGUGGGCACCCAAGAACAAAGGAGGGGAAGAGAAGAAGGCAGAAGGCGGAGCCCACGAGUCUCUGGACUGCUUCAAAAGAGACACCAAAGAAGUUACUGUCCGCCAGGAGACCCAAGAGCUGAGGCUGAGUGACCUAGAAGACCUGGAGGAAGAGGAGGAAGAGGCCGAUGAAGAAGAGGCGGUGGCCACAGCAGCCAACAGGCUGGCGGGGUUUCCUACAGACAUACAGUUGCUACCUGCACCAGAUGACCGCUUGGAGCGCAGGCAAUGCGGCUUAGUGGCGCCCCGCUUUUCCUUCAGUGAACCCCCCGGAGCGGGAGAAGUUCACUUCCUCAAGACCGAGCCAGGGGGCCCCACGCUGACCACGCAUUACCCCCGAGGCGAGAAACCGCGCAUCUGGUCUCUGGCUCACACUGCGGCUGCUGGUGCUCUGGAAGCCGCACCUGCACCCUGGCCCGCACCACGAAGCCCUGAGUGUCACAGGAUCCCCGGACAGCCUCCUCGCUCCUCCAGGCAACCCGCGAUUCCCACAGACUCCGUGGGCGAGCAAUCUGCCCGCAUAGCCAAAGCCUUUGGAAAUCCAGCGUUUGCCCUGCAGGGGCUGCCGCUGAACUGUGCGCCCUGCCCGCGGCGGAGGGAGCCUGCAGUGCAGUGCCCGUACCCAGCCAGCGCGGAAGCAGGUUAGCGCAACGGCUGCGAUUUGCUGAAGCAUCUCGAAAAAUGAGUCCCACGUUUUGAAUUCACCCGCACGUUAAGAAGCUGUCAGACCUGGCCAGGGAGGGGGGUGACCAGGAGCUCUCACUCGGCCUAACAGACAGUCAGAAACCCUGGGAGCGGCUGUCCUUGCCCGAAGAACCCGGGGUUCCUUAUCGGAUCCUGCUGAGAAGGCGGCUGGGUCCUAGGGGAGAAUGCCUCGAGGGAGGCUGCGCCAACGAGCCUGGAGCCAAAUCACCCACCAAGUCUUCCAGCUCCAGAUUUGAAGCCCAAAGCCGGUUCCUCCGCUGCUCACCCAACCCCCUCACCCCACCCCUCACUUUGUAAUUCAAGGAAGGACCGCGGGGGUC